CUGGCAUAGAAAAGGAGGCGUCGUCGUCUGUAGAAGCUUGUCUUCACUAGCCUGACCACCACCAUUUACUCUUUGACUGCUGGUAACAUGCUACCAGGCAAGAACACUGGGAUACAGGAGCACCUAAAGCAGUAAAUAUGGCACAGUGUAAUAAGUGGGUAGUAGGGGUGAGUGCUUGUGUAGCAGUGAGUGUGGUGAUGGCGGUGGGACCCAGUGUGCCGGCAGGAAGACAGCCAGCUGUGGAGAUUAUGGUUGAUUCUGAGGAUAACCGCCAUGGUGUCGAUCAGUUAGCGCUACUACAAGAGAUGCGCACCAUUACUGACAUCAUGUUAAGACUACAGAAAAAAGAUGAGACUCCCCCGCCACCCCCGCCUGUAGUUCACGACUGCUCUAACGCUCCAUCAAGCCGGGUCAAGGUAGCGACGCCAUUCUCAAAACAGUUCCUACUUGCUAAGUAG